CGGUGGCGGGCGCCCGCACCCGCCGGGCGGAACACACCGAAUGGACCUCGGCGGGGGCGAGCAGAAGUCUGCGCUAGAGGAGUACGGCACGGACCUAACAGCGCGGGCGCGGGACGGGAAGCUCGACCCUGUAAUUGGGCGGGACGAGGAGAUCCGGCGGACGAUUCAGAUUCUGUCGCGGCGGACGAAGAACAACCCGGUGUUGAUUGGGAAUGCGGGGACGGGAAAGACAGCGAUCCUUGAGGGGCUGGCGCAGAGGAUUGUGGCCGGGGAGGUGCCAGAGAGUAUGAAGAAUAAGAGGGUUGUUAGUCUGGAUCUAGGACAGCUCAUUGCCGGCGCUAAGUUUAGGGGUGAUUUUGAGGAGAGGUUGAAAGCGGUGCUGAAGGAGGUGCAUGAUGCUCAGGGAAAGGUCAUUCUGUUCAUCGAUGAGCUGCAUACCCUCCUGGGAUUGGGCAAGGCUGAGGGAAGCAUCGAUGCGUCGAAUCUGCUGAAGCCGAUGCUGGCGAGGGGCGAGUUGCAGUGUACGGGUGCCACUACUCUGGCGGAGUACAGGAUCAUCGAGAAGGAUGUUGCACUGGCUAGACGGUUCCAGCCAGUGUUGGUCAACGAGCCCUCGGUGCAGGACACGAUCAGUAUCCUCCGUGGUAUCAAGGAUCGCUACGAAAUCCACCACGGAGUCCGGAUUACUGACGGCGCACUGGUUGCCGCGGCGACCCUGUCGAACCGCUACAUUACCGACCGCUUCCUCCCCGACAAGGCCAUUGACCUGGUUGACGAAGCUGCCUCCGCUCUCCGACUGCAGCAGGAAUCGCGUCCCGACGAGAUCCAGGAACUCGACCGCGCCAUCCUGACCAUCCGAAUCGAGCUCGAAUCCCUGCGCAAGGAAACCGAUGUGAUGUCGAAGGAACGCAAAGCGAAGCUCGAAGAGACACUCAAGGAGAAGACCGAGAAGCUGAAAGAACUCACGGGGCUGUGGGAAAAGGAGCGCGCCGAACUCGGAGAAAUCAAAACAGCUAAGGAAUCGCUCGAGAAGGCCAGGAUCGAGCUCGAGCAGGCCCGUCGUACCGGAAUGUUCGAGAAAGCCAGUGAGCUCCAGUACUCUACCAUUCCCCGCCUCGAGGCAAAGGUUCCCAAGGAUGGAGAGACACCACUGAAGGGGUCUUCACUCCUUCACGACUCUGUCGACGAAGACGACAUCGCCCGGGUUGUCUCCAAGACCACGGGUAUCCCCAUGACGAAACUGAUGUCAGGAGAAGUCCAGCGGUUGAUGCAUAUGGAAGACACCUUGCGGCAGUCAGUCCGGGGGCAGGACGAGGCGCUCAAGCUCGUUGCCGAUGCGGUGCGCCUUCAGCGCGCGGGCCUCACCUCGCAGAACCGACCGACCGCCUCCUUCAUGUUCCUUGGCCCCACCGGCGUCGGCAAAACCGAGCUGUGCAAGAAAAUGGCCGAAUUCCUCUUCUCGACCGAGCAAGCCGUGAUCCGCUUCGACAUGUCGGAGUUCAUGGAGAAGCACACGGUAAGCCGGCUAAUCGGCGCGCCCGCCGGCUACGUCGGGUACGAGGACGCAGGGCAGCUCACGGAAGCGGUCCGGCGCAAACCCUAUGCCGUUCUCCUGUUCGACGAGUUCGAAAAAGCGCACCGGGACAUUUCCUCCCUCCUCCUACAAGUCCUCGACGAGGGGUUUCUCACCGAUGCGCAAGGCCGCAAAGUCGACUUCUCGAGCACGAUCAUCGUGCUAACCAGCAACCUGGGACAGGACGCGUUGAUCGCCGCCCCGCCGGCCGAGACCCUCGAUGAUGACACGAAGCGCAGCGUCAUGAUGGCCGUCCAGAACACUUACGCACCAGAGUUCCUUAACCGCAUCGAUGACUUUGUCAUCUUCUCCCCGCUGUCGCGGGAUGCGAUCAGGGACAUCGUCGAUAUACGUUUGAAGGAGCUGCAGGAGAAAUUGGUGGAUCGAAGGAUUACACUAAUGGUGGACGAUGAGGCAAAGGAUUGGCUCGCGCAAAGGGGGUAUAACGUUAAGUACGGCGCUAGACCGCUGAAUCGCGAGAUCAUGCGGCAUGUUUCUAAGGUCCUGGCUGAGAAGUUGAUCACUGGUGGACUGAGGAAUGGAAUGACAGCUAAGGUGUCGGUGGCUGAUGGCGGAGAGGAGCUGCUGGUCGAGGGGGUCGAGAAUACUAAGGACGCGGAGGAGAAGUAGGUGUAAAUAGUUAAGGCUGUACUUACGGUGUGUGUGAUUUCGGGUUUGGAGUUUGUGGGGUGUUUGGUUUUUGACUUGGGAGGUUGCGUUCUUCCUGUUUUCUCUGCUCUGCUCUGGUCUGCUCUGGGUGGACAACGUUCUGUAUGAUAGCUAGUACUGUAGGUGGUCUGGAUGCGCUGGCUGUAACAUCUGAUAGGUAGCGGUAAUACGGUCACUGUACAUACAAUUGCAAUUGCAAGAUAUUCCUG